AUGACUGGUCGCGGUGGUGGCGGCGGUCGCCGAGUCUUGCUCCCUCCUAUUAACAUGAUCUUUAAGCUGCUUCAAUCCAAUGCUACUGUUAGUGUUUGGCUGUACGAGCAGCUUUCAAUCCGUAUCGAGGGAAAGAUCCGAGGAUUUGACGAAUUCAUGAACCUUGUCAUCGACGAUGCCGUGGAAGUCUCUCAAGUUACGAAAACCAACGACAAGGAGACUAGAAGGCAAUUGGGCCAAAUCUUGCUCAAGGGGGACAACGUUUCACUGAUCCAAAGCUUGUCAAACUAA